GAUAGUAUUUGUGCACUGCUCCCUCCAGUCUCUUUUUUUUCGCCCUCGCUUCUCCUCAACCUCCUUAAUUAAAUAGGCACAAUAACCGUCAUCAGCUCCAUCAAACAGAUACAUGUUGUAAAUGUACAAGUUGCUCUUGAGACCGGAGUGUGUCUUGUAAAGUGCCUUGUUCGGUUAAUGCUAAUGCCCCCCUCGUCCUUCCUCUUCACUCUCUUAAAAAAACUCUUCAGGUUUUUCCAACUGAGCGAUUCUGAGGCGGGCGCAACCGCACUAGAGAGAAAGUCAGUUCGUGCUGGACUGGCGCGAUAUCCUCGCGUGGUUCGCAACUAAAAGAAGACCCGACCCGCAUUUAAUCAUGUUUUUAAAUGAUGGAAUAUGCUGAUUUUAAAAGUUGACCAGGGAUUUCUAGUUGUGGGGUGUUUGCGAGGCAUGGCUUUCCUUUUAACUUGCUUAUUUCUGUCUUGUUACAGUGUGAGCACUGUUUGGGGAAAUCAGCCCGGUGGCACCAAUAUCUAUUUGGAUAACAUCACGCGCAUAUUGGAUAGAUUACUGGAUGGCUAUGACAACAGGCUGCGACCUGGAUUUGGAGGUCCAGUUACAGAGGUCAAAACUGACAUCUUUGUCACCAGCUUUGGACCUGUUUCAGAUGUUGAGAUGGAAUACACCAUGGAUGUCUUCUUCCGUCAGACAUGGAUCGACGAGCGGCUGAAAUUCGAGGGCCCUAUCGAGAUCCUGCGGCUCAACAACCUGAUGGUCAGCAAGAUCUGGACGCCGGACACCUUUUUCCGGAAUGGCAAGAGGUCGAUCUCUCACAACAUGACCACCCCCAACAAGCUGUUCCGCAUCAUGCAGAACGGAACUAUCCUCUACACCAUGAGAUUAACUAUAAAUGCAGAGUGUCCCAUGCGUCUGAUGAACUUCCCGAUGGAUGGCCAUGCCUGCCCGCUCAAGUUUGGGAGUUAUGCUUACCCCAUCAGCGAGAUCGUGUACACUUGGAAGAAAGGUCCUCUGUCUUCUGUGGAGGUGCCACAGGAAUCAUCCAGUUUGCUGCAGUACGACCUCAUCGGUCAGACGGUGUCAAGCGAGAGGCUAAAGUCCAACACGGGUGAAUAUGUCAUCAUGACUGUCCACUUCCAUCUGCAAAGGAAAAUGGGCUUCUUCCUGAUUCAGACAUAUAUUCCCUGUAUUAUGACCGUCAUCCUGGCCCAAGUCUCCUUCUGGAUUAAUAAAGAAUCAGUUCCAGCGAGGACGGUGUUUGGUAUCACCACUGUCUUGACCAUGACAACACUCAGUAUCAGCGCCCGCCACUCCCUCCCCAAAGUUUCUUACGCCACAGCCAUGGAUUGGUUCAUCGCCGUUUGCUUUGCCUUCGUUUUCUCUGCCCUGAUUGAGUUUGCGGCCGUCAACUACUUCUCCACCCUGCAGGCCAACAGGGAGCUGAGGAAAGCAGCAGCCAUGAAGGCGGCGGCUCAGGAGGCAGCAGCUGCAGCCGCAGCACCGGCUGCAGCCGCGGGGAACGACGGAGAGGUUUCCUCAGUGGAUGCCAGGAGUGUGCUAAAGAAGAGGAUGAACUCUACCCCGCUGUUUGACCGCCCUGCCAAAACAUUUCCCAACCCACCUGUCAAUGCCCAAGCCUUCCUGCAGCAGGGUUCAGCUGUGCCAGACAACAAUGUCCUGACGGGCACCAGCAUCAUCGACAAAUAUUCCCGCAUCCUCUUCCCACUUUCGUUUGGCGCCUUCAACCUGGUUUACUGGAUUGUCUAUCUCACUAAGGACACGAUGGAGAUGUCCAGGGAUACCGUGUAAGCCAAGUGUUUGUCUUCCUGGAAAUGAGACAUGCACACACAUUUCAUACACCUGCACAGGCACACAGACACACAUACACAUUUACACAAUAACUACAUGACAGACGCUUGCCAAGCACUGUUUUAUGCCGCCUCAGUGCAUUGUAUUUUUUUUAAGUACCUCCCUGGAAAGCGAGUGUUUUGAGAGCAGAUGUACCAGCUCCUAUUGCCAACUUGACCUGGGAGCUCACAGCCUGUGGGCCCCAGGCUCUGGAAUCAUUUCAAACAGGCACAACAUCUCUAUCUGUGUCUUUCAGUUCAUUAUUUAUUUUCCCCAAUAUUUAAAAAAGUUGUAUGACACUUUUUCAGUGUCUGUCCUGCAUUCUCUGUCUUGAGUAGGUGGGGCAGGAUGCAAUGGCUAAGCUAGCUCUGCAGAACCAGAGGCAGAGCCACUACUUUUUUGUAUGUAUUUAUAUCUUUAUGCGUGCAAUAUGCAUGCAGUUCCACACAUAGUGAUUUUGUUUGUUUGAAAUGACACAGUCCCUUCUAUGAUUUUUAGAACAGAUUUGAGGGAAUGAGUCUACCCUUUGUGCUGACUGAAUCCAAUGUGACUGACUGAACUCCCAGCUCUUCUUUCCACUCUUUAUUUUCUUUCCCCACAACACCUGCUAUUUUUUGGUCCAUUGGCUUAAUUUCCCUCCACUGGUGGAGUACAGAGGAUGUGAGGCGAAAUCUUCAAAGGGUUUUUAAGGUGUGUUCCACAGAUACAUAGGCCUCGUUGAAUAAUAACUGCCACAUAGAUAUGUGGAUGGAGAAACAUUUCCUUUAGACAGGAAUAAACUUUGAAAUAUUAUUGAUAUAUGAUUGAAUGACCAUCACAAAGUAAAAACUCAAAUCUGUAAUCCAUCUGGUAUAAACACAGUAGGAACAAGUGAGGAACACACCCAAAACAGACAUUUCAUGAAAGAGCAAAUGUAUGACAUGCAAGACACUUCAGUGCAACAAUGGAUGCUAACACUUUGGAUGGUAAGUGUGAAAGAAAAGCAAAAAAAACCAACAUACAGAUAACCUACUACUACUACAUAUCAUUGCUAGCGUCUCAUACAGUAGCCUGUAUCCUGGCAACAAACCCGUCUUUCCCCAGAGAAUAUUUAGUCCUUUAUAUGCUAACAUCAUUUUUCUUUUAUAUUGUUUAUGCUUAUUGUAGCGGUUUAAUGUUAAAGGAUGCUUACACUGGUUGCCAAUUCUUUUUUGAGAUGACAGCGCAGGCUUCUUUUAAAAAAGCAGCAAAAGAUAGACACCUAAACCUAUCAUCAUCAAUUAUACAAAAGGCCAAAACAUUUUCAUGAAUAUGAAUUCAAUGAACACUUGUGUGGAUUUGCAUAUUAUUAUGCAGAGCUUCUAAUUAAGUAGAUAUUGUAACAUGUUUAAGCCAUGUGGUGUCUAAAUAUAAACUGAUGUGUGUUUGCUUCCUCAUGACAUCCGUCAUCCGUGAGGAUGUUCUCAUUGAAGGUGUCUCUUAUUAACACAGGCACCUUUUGAAAUAGGAAGAAAAAAACUGCACACGGUGCCAAAAGAUGACAGUACAGUUGAAAACGGUACACUUCCUCUGGUUCUUUAGUGGGUGUUAGAUUUUGAUGAAAAUUCUCAUUCAGACUUUAUGUUAAAUAAAGCUGUACAAUAGGGGGAAAUUACCCAUGUGUUCUUAAUCGAUCUUGCUCAUACUGAGGGACCUAUCUAUAUAAUGUAUUGAACAAAAGCAACAUGACAUCCUGGUUCUUUAAUACUGUGUUAUGGUUUGGGGUUUUAUUCGGGUUUGGAAGGAAACUCUUCAUUUGAUGUAAUUAUAAUAAUAAUAAUGUAAUGUAUAUUUCCUGUGAGCCCUUUGACUUGUGACGAGACCAGAAUGGUGGAGCUCAGUUCAACAAUCCUGAUAACAUAAAUAGAUAAUGCAUGAUUCAAAUGUUUCAUCAUUAACACAGAAUAAAUAUAUGCAAUGCUAUAACAAUGCAAUAUAGACUCUGGUUGGACCCCCACGGUUUGGAUCCAUUGCUUAAUACCAUAUUCUGAAGUCUUUCAUGAACUGGUUGCAAACAAGCAACUCUUAUCACCAGAACUUAUUGGACAAUUCUACAACACCUCGGAUUACAUCCGGUGCCAAGGAUUUUUAAUUAUUGCUUUCUACAAUAUCCAUGAAUUACAACUAUGAUAUGACUGAGGUAGGGUUAUGGGUUAGGCUACAUAAAAAGGAAAACUUGUGACAGGACACAAACUCAAGUCUCCAGUGUCAAUUAUGGGGUGCAGAGGAUUUCUUUAUUCAAAGGCCUGUUGUUGCAUGUCCUUUUUUCUUUGUACCCCUGAGGACUAAGAAAACAGUGGUGUCAGACUGUAUGAACUAUCUUUGUAUCCUCCCUCUUUCUCUACUUCAUUCAUCACCCUCUUCCUCCCUUCUGUUUUUGAGGCAGAGGCUGAUGAGACGGGGCAUUUCAGCUCCUAUUGCCCUGUAGGUCAGGCACUUUUGCGGGAAAACCUGACUGCCAGUGAACUAAGACUGCUAGAGAACUGUUGGCUCAAACCCAAUGGAGUCUCAGAACACCAACGACCUCCCACCUCCAGCGGUUGAGUAAACUUCAGUGGAAUAGUCCAACAGAAAUAAGCUGCAAUGGGAUGGUGUGUAUGGAUGUGUGUGCACGUGACUGAGUGUGCUUUUUUUUCUCAUUUGAUUGAGCUCGUUAGCUUUUAUCAGUGACACUAUUGAUCUGCCCUCUGACCCCAGCCUAGCGGCUCAGCUCCAUCGCACCACGGCGAGAACCGCACUUGCAUGACCUCCGACCCUUUAUGUCCUUGUUAGGGUUGCUGAAUGUAGAAGGUUGUAAACUCCAUAGAAUAUAGAAUUAUAUUGCUAUGGUGACUGCGGCCAUGAACUGCCCUUUAGUCAUUUAAUUUUAUUCCACAGGCAUGGGCUUUAUUGAUUGUUUCAUUUCGUCAGCGUUAAUCUCUUUUCUUUUUUCAUUUUUACACUUCAUAAGUCAUUUGCCUAGAAAUUGUGGAUACAAUUUAGAAGACAAUGAAUGCUCUACAUCAUUAUUUGUAUCUGUAUAUUUUGUGAAUAUGAUUAAGUAUUUAUGUAGGUUGCUAUUUGUAUUCCAACUAAUUGACCCUGCUUGAUGAUCAGCUGCACUGCAUUAACAUUUGUACUGGUUUGAAUGACAAGACCACCAACUUUUGUAUUUCAAGCAGUUUAGUUCAUCCACACAUUCUCCUUGUACACAUUCCUCUAUAUUAGUUUUAAUUGUCAUCAGGAAGGCCUGUUUUUACUGCAACAGUAAAUAAUAUUUGCAUAUCCAGGUCUCUUGUCCCCUGUUAAUAGGUAAAACCUUGCUCACUUUUCCCACAUGAUUGUAUAUUACUAUGUUCAAUAAAGCCAGGUUAUGUAUAUAAAUACAUGAAUUUCUCUCUUCCAUUUUGUAUAAAAAUGCCACUGUGAUAUAGAAUUUAAAAGUAACAUUUGAAGCUCUGCUUAUUUUGAAAAUACAAUCUUUGUUGUAAGACUGAAAAUGCAAUCUCUGAAGCCCUACUUAGCUGGACAUUUUCUAAUCUUUAUAGCCACAAUUUCCAGUCUAGGACAUGUAAAUUACAUUUUUGAAUCAUUGCAGUCUAUCCUUAUGUAGAAGAUCACAAUGGUUUAAUCAAACCAGUUCCAUGUUUUACUUUGAAUCACACGAUAUGAAGCCAAUAAUUCUCAUUUCACACAUGAAUGCUACUGUACACUAAAUGUGAGUCCUUUAUCGCUCCCGGUGAUGAUAGUAAUGAUGUUAUAUGAGAUGUAAUGAGAAAACUAUAGGGAUGUUGUUUUAGUCAGUGACUCAUUUACAUAUAUAUAUAUAUAUAUAUAUAUAUAUAUCAGUCUCAAUGUCUCAAUGUGUUGUACUCUGAAUGGGUUAUACUACAGUUAACUACAGAUUACGACACUGUGUGUUGGUUGGCAUUCAGUGACACAUAAUACAGCCUAUAUAUAAACAUGAACAAACAUACAUGAAGUACAUUUCCAAAUCAUGAAACCAGUCAUUCAAUGUUUUUUUUUGUUUUUGGGGUUAUUUUUACUUACACCACGUAAUGGCACACAUAAAGGCAUGCAUUGUAAAUAAAUGUCUAAAGGAAAGUGAGCUUCUAACCCCAUCAGUGAUAACUCUCCAUUCAAUCACCAAUAGUGGUGUAAACUCCACCCCCUCCCCCAAGUCACACUCUCCUCGCACUCUGCUUUUAUUCCUCUACACUAAGAGCAGCCAGCAGCAGAAAUAACCAGAGGCCUGAACAAAAGGUAGCUGUAUCAUCCAACUUCCUGUUCCGUUGGGAUGCAAACACAUGUGCUUCCAGACCUGACUUUGGCCACCGUAGCCAAUCACAAAAGGGUAGAGUGCCACCUAUUGGUGCACAACCUGAAUCCUCUUUCCUCUUCAUCACCACCUAACAGCUCUCCCUCCUCCUACAGGCACACUGCCGCUUAACUCCUACACACUGACUCACCAUAUGUUUUUUACACACGCACAGAGAAAUCCACAGUUUGAGUAUGCACAGCAUCCACAUGCACACACACACACUGACAUGUAGAAAUAUCUCGGUGUGUGUGUGCAUAUUUGAAGUUGCACAGAAAUGUUCACGCAUGCACAAAUAUGAGCAGAACCACAGCACACAGAUUCAUUAAUGGUGCAAAAACCUACAAACAUUCACAACUCAACAAUAGAAGAAGUUACACAGUUGAAUAAUGUAACUGCAAAAAAAAACAUUGUAUUGAUAAUUUUGAAUCAUGGGUCUCAAAGACCCCCCCUGGUAGCUUAUAAGAGUUUAAAGUACUAAUUAUUAUCCACAAUAUCCCAGUUUGAGACCAUCUUGGGACCUUUGUGAUUCCCGAUAUUUCUCCCUUCUUAUUUUCUGCCCUUGCUCCACUGUCAAAUAUAUAAUAAAGGCAUAGAAAUGCCCACAAAAACUAUAUUUAAAAAUACAGUGUCCUAAUAAUGUUUCCACUGUUGUCAUUUGAGAAUAAAUCGAUUCAGUAUGUAAUACCUCUAAUUGUGUGUUUUUUUAAUUCAAUUUAAAUUCAAUAGUUACAGUUCAAAGGGUCUUUUGGUGACUCUUUUGGCAUAAAACCUAAACCACUAUAUUUAAAUAAUCACGAUUUUUUUAUGGCAAUGAAGAAAAAAAAGUAAUUAUGUAACAUGAGUUUUGUGAGAACCUACUUUGUUGCCUGUAAGCCAUGAUGAGAGGUGGAUGUGAGUAUCACUUUAAUUCGUCCAGGGAAGCUCAAAGCUAUCACUGUCAUGGUGAUGUGAACUCUUGAAGGAAUAGCUGUUUGAGACAGGAUGAUAAGUGUAGGCAAAAAAUAAAGGAAGGCGCCUUAUUCUGCUGACCUUUGACCCCCAGGAAACAAAUGUGGAUGCACACACACACACAUGCUUCCCCUAUGCUGAUACACUAGCAGCAGAGUGAGUGAGGGCAGCUGGGCCAAAGUGUAGCUGUGUCUCAGUGCUCCUCCACUGUGAACAAUUUCCACAGCGCUGUCAGCAGGCACCAUAUUAACCACAUCAGAUUCACUCAAAUGCCAGACUGUCCCAUGCAGUCUGAUUCAUCAACUUUCCACACUGUCAACCCAGGAGAGAAGAAGAUAGAGAGACAGAAGGCGGGAGAGAUGAAAGAUUCAAAGAUGGAGAGGUGAGAGGACAGUCAGGAACAGUCAGAGAGAUGUAUUAAGUAGAAUGAGGGAUAAAAGAUUUGGAUAAAAGAUAUAUAAAUAAAAGGGGGCACACAAGCAGAACAACAGCUCUCCUGUGCCUGACAUGCCAAGCUGUUAGCUCGAGGAGAAGCACAACGGUGUAAACCAGCCAAUAGCCCGGAACGCUGAGUGUUACACAGAUGGGAAACAUACUCGGUCUCUCUCUUUCUGUUUCUCCCAGUGUGAAAGAGCCACAGAAACACUCGAGGUGGUGUUUAGUGUGGAGAUGCCGGCCGAAUCUCAUUUAAUUUUGUCCCGUCUCCUUUUCCUCUGAAGGAUAUAAUGUGGUGUCAUGCACACAUACCUCCGAUUUGAUUUGCUGCUUAGUGGCAGUAUGUUACAUGAAACAAUGCUUAGGAUGUUUCACCUAAUGUGGAACCAUCACCAGGCAUAUUGCAUUUGAAUAUAUGGAACUAUGUGGGCCUAAAGUGUUUUGCUGUCUAUGGAAAUUGAUCUUAUCUUUGUAGAAUAUAGGAAUUUUACCUGAAAUAACACGACAAAAAAAAAUAACCAUACGUUUAUUUUUGUGUUUCGUUUGGCAAAAUUAAUUAAAGCAACUGUCAUAAAUACCUCAGAUUCAGAAAGAAAUUAUAUUACCAUUUACCAAUAAAUGUCUUUCAGUCUUUCAUUCAUUUCAAAUAUGACUUUGUCUCUGUGUUAUUGCGUCAUUAAGAAGUAACUAACACGCUUAACCACCUCUGAUUAUCAGCUGAAGUGGAGAAAUUGCAAUACUCAACCCAGUAGCCUAACCCACAUGUGUAAUUGAACUUCGUCUGCUACAUCAUGGGGUACAUGUGCAGACCCAGUCUCGUUUCAUGAAAAUAUAUUCCUGGUUAAUUUGAUGAGGAACAUCCUGUUCUGAUUAGACCUGCGCACGGGGGACAGUUAAAAAUAACCCCAGAAUCAGUGACGAACGACCUCCUUCGAUGUACUACGGCGCUCCACACGCUCUUGGAACAGAAACACUACACGGGGCAGAUGAGAAGCUUCAAUUAACAUUUCAAUGUAAGAUCAAAAAAAGAGUUUCUGAAAAGGAUUAUAUUGAGAGCAUUUGUCCAUUGUUCUCUUUGAACAUGAUUGGCAACACUGGAGCUUAGUCAAAUUUUGUUUAAAAAUUCAAACUUGAAAAAUAAUUGAAGUCUUUAGAUAUUACAACAAAGUUAAAACAAGAUCAUAAGGAUUCCAUGCAUCAGUUUUGAAAGCUUAUUGCCAGUGUUUUCUUUUCAGGCAAAUAUUUUGGCCUGGUUCAAAAGAGGUUGAACACCGAUCAGUGCUUCAUGUCAUCCCACAUGGAUGUGACAGAAAGCUGCUUUCUGUGUUGUUUAUUUAAUAAUAAUAUCUGAAUCCGGAUCUGUAUUUGAACCAGAAGUGGACAGAGCCUAAACUACAAGUGGUGGGAAAUCCUCUUGACUUUUCUACUGCCAUUUCUACUCAUCAGGUGUGCAUAUACUGUAAGUUAAGCUUCUCACUAAAUAAACAACAUAGUAUAAUGUAUUAAAUGUGCACAGUUUAAAUUAUUUAACAGGGGGAAAGGUUAGAGGUGUGUGAGCCGUCUUUUCAAAAAAUGAAAGGUUGCGUUGAGCCUAAUUGGAGGAGGCUCGGAUGAAAAUAGAGUUGGUCUAAUAUGAAAAAUAUUAGAACGUUUUUUUUUCCUUCUAAACAGAUUUACGGAUGUUUAUCCUCACUGGCCUCCAGAGAUCACUCCACUAUAGUCUGAAGACUGUGUGUCUUGCCUGUGUGGACCGAUUCAACUGUGUUAUGACUAUAUCAAAAAUAAUGGUGGAACAACAUUAGGGAAGAGAUUUGGACGAUUUGUGCAAAAUCUUAAAUUGUAUGACACGUCGUUUGGUUUAUGCAUUGUAUAUUCAUGGUGUAAUGGUAUCCUGUGCAAUUAUAAUACAAAUGGAGAGCAACAUUCACCACUACUUGGGCGCUACUUAAAGAAAAUAGUUGUUCAAAUCACCUUUUGCUGUCGCCAUAGUUCGGGAGGUAUGGUGCACUCUUUGGGAGCUUCUAACUGGUAUGUAUCAAGCCUCUACAUUCUGUAGCAACAGCAUAUCAUUAAAGUUGCUCUUGAUACCAUAGCAACCAAGUUUUUCUUAUUGCAAGAGGUCAGUUGGAGCUUGUAGAGAAGAUGGCACGGUACCAGCGACUGGGUCUCCCACGCUAGGAGGUGAAAGGACACAUCUCAGCUUCUGCACCUGGCUUGUGCUCUCCUCCAACAAAUUACUUAGUGCACAUCUGUUUCUUUAUUUGUGUUGGUAACAUCCUAGCUGUAUUUCCCAGACACUCAAAAGCUCUCACUGAAUGCCAUAUUCAGACUUGUUGUUUUGUUUCUCAUCGUCUUCACACCUUUUACACAAGACACUGAAUUCAUACAUUACAAUCUGGGACACAAAUAUUUCCCAUCUAAUUAGAAAGUUCCAAUGUCAGUUAAUUAAACUGAAAGUAUUACAAAUAGAUUUUGUACGUCAGGGAAACUAAAUAACAUUUGGUAUUGAGGGUAACAUAUUAUUCUGAGUUGAAGGCUACACUUAAUAAUGAAGUUGCUGCAGUUUGUAUGACCAGUGCAUAAAUUAAUAGAUGCAAUUGUGUGGCCUGGGCGACGGGCCAACUGAAUUUUAAUCAAAACCAUCUCAUUUAAACAAGGCAUUACAGCUGCUGUGUUUGUGUUAGAAUACAUACGAGACAAAAUAACAAAACGAUGAAACACCUCACCUCUUUUCUUUUUCUUUCAUAUGCCAUUAGCAUGCCUGGUAAUGUCGUUUUAAAUGAAGUGCAGGUACAUACAGGAAUAGAAAUGCAGAUGCAAAACCAAUGGGUCUUUUAUGACCAACUUAAAGUGAUGAGGGGUUUGCUGUAAAAUGCAAUGAAUUGAGCCUGAAACACAUCUGAAAAAUAGUCACAAUUUUAUAGGUUAUAAAAAAGUUUUUGAUUUGAUGAUCUGCAAUCCUAACUGUGGUCCUAACAGUGUAUGAGUCUUACCAGGGAUACCAUGAAUAUGGACAUUUUUGCAUUUGCUCAUAGCAAGUGACUUAGUGCAGCGAGCGGGGCAUUGAGCAAGUGAGGGGAUAUAUCGAGCAACCGAUAUUGAACGUUAGGUUACAUGAAUUUCAGAUGGUAUGUUGAUAAGUAAGAGACCCUUGGUCCUGUCCUGUGUUUACGUAAAUUUCCGAUAGUUACGUUGUUACGGCUGGUGCCUUACGUCAUCAUAUUAAAACAAACCAUGAUCUUUUUUCUAAACUUAAACAGAUAGUUUUCUUUCCUAAACCUAAUCAAUCGUUUUACAACAUUAACCCUAUGUCCUUGUGUGCUCUUUAAGGACUACACUGGCAUUAUUUGUGGUAAAAGUCAAUAUUUUAGAUGUCCAGUGAUGUAUGCUUUUACUCUGCCCCAUGUCCACAAACUGGUACACCUAAAUCUUACAUUUAUUCAGAGUGUGAAGCAGUGUUACCCCUGACACUGCAGUUUAGGCAAAAGACAUUCAUUGUGAGGAUUACAGCAGGGGAGAAGAGAGAGAGAGAGUGUGGGAGAGAGUGUGGGAGAGAGAGAGAGAGAGAGAAAGAGAGAGAGAGAGAGGGGAGGGUCAUGGGAAAAGCCGAUCUCUGUACUUACAGAGGAACCAGUGCUAUUAAGCAGCUUGGUGUGACCUCAACAUCUAGAUUAUACUGCAGAUAUACAGCACUAUGAAUGCACUCGGCCAUUAAUCCACAUAACAUGGAGCAAGAAACAAGCUGAUGUCCCAUGUGUAAUGUAUCAGAAUGUAAACUCAUUAAUGUGGUUGGCAUGUAUUUGUUUUUUGUCUGUUUUACAUAGAUACAUGCAUAUUAACAUUACCACUGCAUGACAAAAAAAAUAAAAAGAAUCUCUAUACAUCAACAGAGCUUCCUGGCUUCAUGCACUUAAGAAGGGACACUAUUUUUAUUGGAAGGAAAACCUGCCUUCUUAGCAGUUAGUAGCUCCUCAUUGAAAUCAAUGCAUUUAGCAUUUAUUUUUUAAGGCAUUUUGGCAUUGGCCAUGAAAAGGCAGGUUGAGACUGGGAUGAGUAAAGACCAGACUGAUGGAGGGAAGAGAGAGCUCAUCAGCCAGUAAAGGAGGGAUCUAAUACAAAGUUAAGCAGCUCAGAUUUAGGGUAGUUGAGGGUUUCUUGUACAAGAAAAGUAGUACAGUUUAUAUAAGUACACUGACUUUAUUAAUUUAGAUCACUGUAGUGUAGUGUAAUCUUUAAGCGCAUAAAUUAUCUAUUUAUGACUUUAUGAAGCAGUUGCAUGCAUUUUAGCCAUAAAGGUUACCUGGAAACAGAAACAUCCGUUUCUUUACUUGUAAGCACAAUCUCUGUGGACUUUAUGAAACAUAAAGUAGAUAUACAUGUUAACACCGAAAUGCUACUGGAAUUUUGAAUUACCUUUGGUAGAAGUGUUCUCUAGGCUUCAGCACAACUCUGGAACAUUUUUAGAAUCUGCAUUUUCAAAAUGGGUCAAACCACUUGGCUGAAUAGUGAGUCUUUUUUAUGAUACUAUGUAGUCUUCGGGCGCAUGGAACUACAGGUUUGUUUUCUUUACAUGUCAUUAUAUUUUAGGAAAACAAAAGCGCUAUUCACCCAAAGACUAAAUAUAGUUUCGUAAGAACAUGGCUAUAUCUCAGAAACUACAAGGGGGAGCACAAUUUAGUAUUUGCUAUCCAUGAACUCAUGCCAAGUUGAAUUUUAAAAAUAUGUCCACAAAUGCAGUAUUAAAAAUGUCAAUGGGUUUUCUGUAAUUUUUCUAAAAUCCUGAUAAGAAUAUUGAUACAAGUGUGUUUUGUUGUAUGUUUACGCAUUUGCCCAAAGUGUGUCUGUAGACUACCAGAUUUCAAGAUCUUAGACCAAUCAACAAAAAUGUAGAUUUUGUGGCAUUUUUCUCAGACAUAUACUCUAAGGGCCCAAAUGAUGGAAAUUCACAAAGUACGCAGAUCUAAUCUGCUAACCAGCAUUAAACUCCGAUUUGUGCACAGUCCUCUGUGGUCUGAAUUUUUCUCCUCCUUUUUUUUGCUCCAAGUUUGCAUAUCUUAAGUUAAGUGGAAGAUUGAUGACAGGCCUCACGCUGUGGACAGAACCUAUGCUAAUGAGGAACACAAGAGACCUCCCUUGGGUUUAGAAAGCACGUUGAACGAAAGUGGCAACUGUGACUCUAAGCACAGCGGGUGAUGUUGGAUCCUGCUGGCAAUAGGUGUACAUACGUGUGUGGGCAAAACGGGUAUACGCGUGUGUUUUUCUUGAUGGCUAAGUUAAACGUGUUUAAAUGGAUAUCUAUGUGAGUAAGUUUAUGUGUUUAAAAGUAUGGAAAUGUAUGCCGACAUUGUUAAAGAAAGGAUUCGGUGCUGUGGGGGUGCAGUAGAAAUAUUAGACACAAAUAAGGUCAAAUCCACAUUACCAUGGUAACCCACCAGAAGAGACCAGCUGGUCCAUCUGUUCUUCGGCUAACUUUGAGUCGGUUCUCCCACACCUCAUACCAGCUGCUGUUGUUAUAGUCAUACAGGAUCUGUUCGCUCAAGCAGCAACAUCCUGCGCUAUCCAGUUUCACUGGAAACAAAAUGCAAAAACAGCAAAGGAAUACAUUCCCAGUAUGCAUUUAUUGAUUACUGAUUGAAUGUGUGGUUCAUUAUUAUUUAUUUUUUUACCUACACGGUGGCUUCUUUCAACAGUUUUCAGCUUUCAGUUAUCUGAACUGUAACCGAGACAAAGUGACACUUUAAGGUAACUUUUAGUCAAAAAUCAGAAUCAGAUGUGCAUAAAACAAGAGUGGGGCACGAGAGAGCUACUAUCUGUAGGAAUACAUCUCUCGUAGUAGGGCAACUAAAUACCAUACAUCAGAUUAUAAUCACAAUUGACUUCAAUUAUUUGGAAUCGUGGGAUGAGGUGGAAAUAAUACAAUGCUCAGGCUGGUGCAUGUGACCAACUCACGUAUUCAAUGGAAGUGGUAAUGUUUUGAUUUCACAGCUCCUAAAAAAUGAUGCAUGAAUUGUUAGCUAUACAUUUGGCAAUUGUCAAUUUCUCUCAUAAUGUAUAAUGUGGCACAUAUUGUGAAAAUUUAUGUGCCAUACAUUUUCUAUCCACCAAAUGCCUUUCCACUUUUCCACCUGCCGGAGUCAUAUCACUGACUGUGACUGCAGCCCCUCCACCCUGGUCUAAAAAAAACAAAAACGUACCCUCCAUCCCAGUCACCUGACCUUCUCCACCCACCUCCUCACCUGUUCUCACUUUCACUUAUCAGCCCUGCAGUUGCUUGACUUUCCCUAACUAACUGCUUCCCGUUUUCCAUAAUCAGCCAUGUUGUAGGCUACCUAUACCGGUUAAUUUCCCCUCACGGUUGUGAUGCUAUGUUGAUGUGCCAUGCCAUUGUUUUCUGUACAAGUACCUGCCUAUCUAAGUAUUUUCUAAAAAUCUGAGAAAAUCUUUUUUCCCUAUUUGCAUUUGGAUUCUUCCCGUGUUGCCUCGCACACACCAUUGAAAACUUAAAAUAUAAUUCAACUUCUGAAGUCAUACCUACAUUUUCUCAAGACACAAAGCCAUUCAUUUGGCACUGAUGAACAGAGGUCACCAGGGCAAAAUGUAUUCCUUAACAUGGAAACCAGUAGAUGCUUUUAUAUGAAGCAUCUUCCUGCACAGAUUGUCACAUUAAGUGCACCCUUUGUUGAUAACCAUUCCCACAACACUGGCAAUUUCAGUGACAUACGCUCUAUUCAACCUCAACGACUCCAUUGCUUACCAUUGCAAGUGGCAGCUGAGAACAAUAACAACCCUCUGUUGUGAAAUUAAAAUGUAUCAUAGCACAGGGCCGGCUUCCCAAACCCAAGUUUAGGAGGUGUCUCUUGUGCAGAAGGUGCCAGUUUAAAAGGACAAUUAAAUAAAGCCCUUUUAAUUAGUCCUCUCAAUCAACGGACUGGUGUUUCCUGCCCCACAAUGCCUUCACUGCUA